AUGGACAGCGUCAUCGAACAGAAGAGUGUGCUCCUGCACAGUAAGAUCAGUGACGCUGCCAAGAGGAACGGCUUGAUCAACACCAGAAACUUCAUGGCCGAGAGCAGAGAUGGCCUGGUGUCCGUCUACCCAGCACCCCAGUACCAGAGCCGCUGCGGGGUGGCCAGCACGGCCCCGGCUGCCCUGGACAGCAGCAGGAAUGAGCCAGCACAGCAGCUCUUGGACCCCAACACCCUGCAGCAGUCGGUGGAGUCCCACUACCGCCCCAACAUCAUCCUCUACUCAGAGGGUGUGCUGCGCUCCUGGGGGGACAGCGUGGCCGACUGCUGUGAGACCACCUUCAUCGAGGACCGGUCGCCCACCAAAGACAGCCUGGAUUACCCCGAUGGGAAGUUCAUUGACCUCUCAGCGGACGACAUCAAGAUCCACACCCUGUCCUACGAGGUGGAGGAGGAGGAGGAGUUCCAGGAGCUGGAGAGCGACUAUUCGAGUGACACCGAGAGUGAGGACAACUUCCUCAUGAUGCCGCCCCGGGACCACCUGGGCCUCAGCGUCUUCUCCAUGCUCUGCUGCUUCUGGCCCCUGGGCAUCGCAGCCUUCUACCUGUCCCACGAGACAAACAAAGCCGUGGCCAAGGGCGACUUCCACCAGGCCAGCACCAGCUCCCGCCGGGCACUGUUCCUGGCCGUGCUGUCCAUCACCAUCGGCACUGGCAUCUACGUGGGUGUGGCCGUCGCCCUCAUUGCCUACCUCUCCAAGAGCAACCACCUCUGA